AUGUUUGCCAUUGGGGUUGGGUUCUCGGCGCUUGGCAACGACGUUAUCCCAGAGCUGCACGUAAGUGCGAUAGAUAUAGGUUCGACCGACCACUUCCUCAUAUGGGCAAACAUCGACCGAUCUAGAAAGAUCAAGAGUAAGAAACAGAGGAAAGUGUUCCGGUGGAAGGUAGAGCGUUUGGGAGACGAUGGGACACGGGAUGAAUUCCAGAAGGGGCUGGCUGGUAGUGUAGAAUCCUUCAGGAAACUGCUGAGAAGCGUCGAAGACGGACAGGUAGACGUACAGGCAGCAGGGGACAGGGUGAUUGAAGGGUGGGAGUCCAUCGUGAACGCAACGGCAGAGAGAGUAGUGGGAAAGAAGGUGGUACGAUGUGGGGUAUCGGUUAAGUGGUGGGAUGACGAGCUGAAAGAAGAAAUAGGGGAACGUAGAGAAGUCUUCAAGCAGUACCUGAGUGAGGCGUCUGAGGAGAGUUGGGAAAAGUACAGGGCCAAGAGAAAACAGGUGAAGGGACUAGUGAAAAAGAAGAAAAAGUGUAUUUGGGACGAAGUAGUGCAGAAGGCCAACGGAGGCCUGGAGGGAAACGUCAAGCAGAUGUGGGAAGGGAUUAGUGGAAUGGUAAAAAAGACCGCGCAAGGGGGGGAUACAGGGGUCGCAACUUUGCGAGGUGUGAACGGUGGAUUAGUCAGCAGUGGGAAGGGAAAAAGGGAAGUUCUAGCAGGACACUACAAGAGACUUGGAGUGCCCUCGGAGAAUGAAGCUUUUGACCAAGCGUUUAAGAAGGAGGUGGACGCAUGGGCCCAAAAAGAAGAAGAGACAUCGAAGGCAGACGUUGGGAACGUAGAACUAGAAAAGGAGUUCACUGAGGACGAGGUUGAGGCGUGUGUGAACAAGCUGAAGUGCCACAAAGCAGCAGGAGCGGAUGGGAUAGUCAACGAGUUCAUGAAGUUUGGGGGGAAGGGGAUGAUCCAGCUGAUGGUACUGCUAUACAAUUGGGUGUGGAAAAACGAGUAUACGCCAAGUAGAUGGAGGGAAGGAGUGGUUGUGAACUUGUUUAAGAAAGGAGACAAGACUGACCCAGGAAACUACAGGGGGAUCACACUGUUGAACACAGUAGGAAAAGUGUUCUGUAAGCUGCUGAACGAUAGGAUAGUGGGAGUAUUGGAGAAGGAACAUAGCAUUAGUGAGGGCCAGGCAGGUUUCCGCAAGAAGAGGGGGUGCGUAGACCACGUGUUCACGGUAGGGAGAAUCAUCCAAGGUAGAAAGAGGGCGGGAAAGCCGACGUACUGCUUCUUCCUGGACGUGAAAAAGGCAUACGACACCGUGUGGAGAAAUGGGUUGUGGAAACAACUGUCCAAAUACGGGAUCAAGGGGAAAAUGUGGAGAGUGCUGAAGAAGAUGACAGAGUGUACGAAAAGCGCGGUCAUGCUAGACGGAGAACUGUCAAAAUUCUUCGACAUUGAGCAGGGGGUCCCACAAGGUUGCACGCUGUCCCCAACAUUGUUCCAGGUGUUCAUCAACGAUCUGUUGGAAGUCGUAGAGGCAGUCCGGAAGGGAGUAAAAGUAGGGGACACGGAAACGUCGGUUUCAGGAAUGCUGUUUGCGGAUGAUUUUGUCGGUAUGUCGGACACCCCUGAGGGACUGCAACUGCAAAUUGACGCGGCGAAGAAGUUUACUGAUAAGUGGAGAUUGUCUGCCAACGUUCAGAAGAGUGCCGUCAUGGUAUGCAACGAGAACAAGGAGGAACCAGUAGAACAUAGAUGGAAGUGGGGGAUCGAGGAGAUUGCAGUAGUGGACCAGUACACAUACCUCGGAGUAGAGAUCGCAAAAGACUGCUCGUGGAAUGCACACAUGUCCAAGGUAGCGGAAAAGGGCAAAGCACGAGCAGGGAAGCUGCACCCAAUACUCGCAAACCGGCACCUCGAUACACGCAUCAAAUUGACGGUUUUGAAGAGCGUAAUCGUACCGCCGCUAGAGUACGCCGGAGAAGUAUGGGAAGGAAAUAAGAAGGUAGUGAAAGAACUCGAGGCGGCGCAGAUGAAAGCAGCGAAAACCAUCCUAGGAUGCUCCAGGCGCACAAGUAAUGCAGCCGUGAGGGCAGAAUUGGGGAUCCAAUCCCUACGGUCGGGAAGAGACGCGAGGAAGCUGACCUGGCAGUAUCGCAUGUGCGGGAUGGGAGAGGAGAGGUUGCCGAGAAUUGUAUGGGAGGCGAAGUGGGCAAACAAAAAGAGGGGUAGACAACCCACGGAAUGGGUCAAGGUUGUAGAGGACGUAUGGAAGGGGCUCGACAUCGACGAAGAUGAAACGCUGGAAACGGAGGGUCUACAGGGGUUCAAGGAGAAGAUAUCUGUUGCUUGUGCCGAGAGAGAAGAACAGAAUCUGAGGAAAGAAUCCAAGGAUAAGGAGGGUCUAGAAGUGUACGGAAUGUUGAAGGAAGGAAUAGGGUUCAAGGACUACCUACAUGGACCAAUGGAUGCAGGAACAAAGCUUAAGGUCAAAUUCAGGACCGGGGACAUAGGCCUUCGAGAACGUCGACGAAGACAUAGGACGGUAGACGAGGAAGACGACGAGUUCAAAUGUGAUUGCGGCUUCGAAUGCGAAGACCGUGUUCAUGUAGUCGCGGAAUGUCCGUUGUACAAGAAGGAGAGGGAAGUGUACGUGACUGAGCUGGGAAAAAUAGAUGGAACGUACAGGGAGAUGUUUGAGGCAUGGAAUAGAGGGGAAAGGACGGUAGCUGUACUGGGGCAUAGGAGGUGGGUUGAAAAGGCGGGAAGGGAUAUCGUUAGGAUAGACAGACUAGGGAAGACAUUUUUGAGCCACCUUUGGCAAAGUAGAAAGGAACGAUUGGCCAUCGGUGAUCGGUCCUGUGGGAACAAUGCUCCGUCCUCUCGAGGACGCGUGGUCAAUGGUCUAACCGCUAAGUAAGGCAUGCAAAACAUAAGAGUACGCCAACCCCCCGAUGGCGGAAAAUCGCGAAAGGUGGCGUUCUGCAGCAGCGGAGGUGGCGGUGCUGCUGUAGCUCGUAGACUUUGUAGUCUAUCACAGAGGUUACACUGCUGCGAGAGCGGUAGGCCCGAGCGAACUUCGGAAAGAGAAAUGUAGAUAAAGUAGAUGUUCUUAAAAACUGACUCCCUGGUCAGGCUUUGAUGGGUGCUAGAUGAGAGGGGUGGUGAGCUUAGGGCUGCACCACUCUCGUCGAACACCGGACAAUUAAGAUAAUCACACAAGAGAUCUAGAAUGCUUCCAGAAUGAUUCUGGAAGCCCUUCUACGUCCUAGAAAAGUAUCAAGUGCAACCUAGGUCUAGAACGCUUCCAGAAGGUUCCAGAAGGUUUCCAGGAGCUACAUACGUUCUACGUAGAUGUCCCGGCCGACCUUGACCAAGCAUGCUUCCGGAAUAUUUCUAGAACAAGAGAAAACAUGCUACAGUCUCGCCUGCCAAAUAAUCUCCGCUACAACUCUGUGCUCAUGGUCCCUGCUAAGUACCAUCUCUUCUUUGGGUAUUAUGUCUACGGAACGCUAGUUGCCGCAGUCGCACCUAUGGUAAACUGCUGUGCCUGAUUACGUUGUAACAGUUUUCCUCGACACGACCCCUCGAAAAGGCAAGUAGCCGAUGUUCCAAAAAAAAGAAAAGAAAAAAAAGCUUCACUUCGCUGCCAAUUUUUGCGACCCCUCAAUUCCUAAUCCAUAUCAAAGAAUAUCGACCUCCACAUGGGUGAAUCAAUCCUGUGAGCAAAACACGCGUUCGAAACAUUCAACCAUACUAUGCGAUCUUGUGCUCAUUAUCUUCUAGCACUUGUAGUCCUUGAUGAGUUGCAUGAUGGUGGCGAAUCGCUGCUUCGGGGAUGUUUCGUCGCGAUGUCCGCCAACAUAGUGGCACUAGGUUGGUGGUGAAGAGUGAUCCGGUGCCCCUUCGUGGGUUCCCUGAGGAAGAAGACCCGGAGCGCCAUGUGCUUCGUUCUAGAGCUGAACAUCGCGUUGCUGGCCACAGUCAAUGCUCCGGUGCUGUCGCUGUUGAUGGGUACCGAUCGAAAGGUCUUGAAUCCGAUUUCCGUCAUGAAGUUGGAGAUGUAGACUGCCUCGCGAGCGUUGAAGCUCAGUGCUUGAAGUUCGGCCUCCACGGUGUUCUGUGCUGCGAGAGUCUUUGCCUUGGCUCCGUAGCUGAUCAGUCCCCCUCCUAGGAAGAACAGGUAUCCGGUGGUAGACCUGCCCUUGUAUGGGUUGGCUCCAAAUGACGAGUCAGUGAAGCACGAGAGUCUGAACUGCCCCUUCUUGUACACCAUCGGCAGGUCCGGCGUUCCGCGUAGGUACCGUAGUAGGUGCUUGGCCGCAGCCAUGUGGACCUGUGCUGGGUUUGCGCAUGCCCGUGUAAGUUGGUGCACUGCAUAUGACAGAUCGUAGCGGGUGCAUUGGGCAAGGUACAGGAGACUCCCGGUGAUGGCCUGGAAUCUCUGCUUGUCCUCGGGUCCGAGUAGUUGGUCUUGUGGCUGCUCGGUUGAUAGUUCUGCUCCAUACCCGGGGGUGCUGACCGGGUUUGCCUGUUCCAUUCCGUAUCGCUUGUGCGAUGUUC